AUGUCGACGGUUCUGACCAAUGGACUGGAAGGUGUUUCCAGUCAGGAGGGAAUGCAUUCCGCCAUCACACUUGACCGGCUGGAACGAUCAUCUCACUUAGACAGAGAGAACAACAAAACAUCUAGCCAUCCUGAUAGAAGUGAGCAUAAGGAUGGUGAGAAGCCAAGAGACAGAGAGAAGACCAAAGAUAAGGAGAAACAUCGUGAGCACAAGAAGAAACACAAAGAGAAGCAUAAGGAAAAAGGCAAAGAUCGAGAAAAACACAAGGAAAAAAGUAAGCACAAGGACAAGCACCGAGAUAAGGAGAGAAAGGAGGGCAAGAACAAGAACAAAGAGAAGCACCGUGAAAAGGAGAAGUAUCAAUCAACUGAAUCUGAGGAAGAUGGAGCCAUUUCAUUUGACGAUGCACACGAAAAUUCAACAGUUAAGAUAGAGACCAUUGACACCUCCACCACAAAGGAAGAAGUUCCUAUUUAUUCUAGAUCUGAACCAGAAAGUAGUGAAGAUGAAUCUGCUCUCUAUAUUGACCGUUCAUUGGAAAUAAAAGAUGAAACCCUUAGUGAUGAUGAGCCCUCAACUCCUCCACCCAAUAAGCGAAAGAAAAAGACAGAGUCAGAUGAUGACUGGGAGCAGGAAGAUGAAGAUAAUGAUUACCAUCCUUCAAAGAAAGCCCGUAAAUCUGGCAGCACAGGGAAAAAGCGAAAGAAGAAGUUAGAAGAAGAGAGUGAUGAUGAUUUCAAGGGAAAGACAAAGGCAACCAAGAAAGCCAAGGUGAAGAGAGAGGAAGUCAAGCAAGAAACCCCCCAAUCACCAAGUAAAAAAAGGAAGAAGGAGGAGGAAGAACAGGAAGUAUGGAAAUGGUGGGAAGAAGAGAAACGUGAUGAUGGUGUCAAGUGGAAAUUCCUGCAACACAAAGGCCCUGUUUUUGCCCCUGAUUAUGAGCCACUGCCUGAUAAUGUGAGAUUUUAUUAUGAUAAGAAGCCAAUGAAGCUAUCUCUUCCAACAGAGGAGGUUGCAACUUUCUAUGCCAAGAUGUUAACUCAUGACUAUACGACAAAGGAUAUCUUCAACAAGAACUUCAUGACAGACUGGAGGAAAGUCAUGACUGAUAAGGAACGGGAAAUCAUCACUGACCUGAGAAGAUGUGAUUUCAAGGAGAUGAAUGAUUAUUUCACUCAGAAGAGUGAGGAGAGGAAGAGUAUGUCAAAGGAGGAGAAGCAGAAUUUGAAGGAGCAGAAUGAGGCCAUUGUCAAGGAAUAUGGCUUCUGUCUCAUUGAUGGUCACCAGGAACGUAUUGGGAACUUCAGAAUUGAACCUCCUGGUCUAUUUCGUGGUCGAGGGGAACACCCCAAGCAGGGAAAACUCAAGGCCCGCAUCAUGCCAGAAGAUGUAAUUAUUAAUUGCAGCAAAGAUUCCAAGAUCCCACAACCACCACCAGGUCACAAAUGGAAGGAAGUCCGCCAUGACCCCAGUGUGACCUGGCUGGCCAGCUGGACUGAGAACAUACAAGGACAGAUUAAGUAUGUUAUGCUAAACCCUUCAUCCAAAUUGAAGGCAGAGAAGGAUUGGCAGAAGUAUGAGACUGCACGAAGGCUCCACAAAGGCAUCGAUAAGAUUCGUCGGGAUUACUGGAAUGACAUGAAGAGCAAGGAGAUGCGGAUCCGACAGAGAGCAGUGGCGAUGUACCUGAUUGACAAACUGGCUCUUCGAGCUGGAAAUGAAAAAGAGGAAGGGGAAACAGCUGAUACUGUAGGCUGCUGUUCCUUGCGUUUUGAGCAUAUCACCCUUGCAGAAGAGCGUGAUGGUAAGAAGUAUGUUGUGACUUUUGACUUUCUUGGGAAAGAUUCCAUUCGGUAUCUGAAUGAGGUCUCUGUUGAGAAGAGAGUCUUCAAGAACCUUCAACUCUUCAUGGAAGACAAACAGGAAGGAGAUGACCUAUUUGAUCGUCUCAACACAGCCAUUCUCAACAAGCAUUUGAACAGCCUGAUGGAAGGGCUGACUGCAAAGGUAUUCCGAACGUAUAAUGCAUCUCGAACUCUGCAGGAACAACUGGACCAAUUGACAGACCCUAACGACUCUGUCACCAACAAGAUAUUGGCUUACAACCGAGCAAACCGAGCUGUGGCAAUCCUUUGCAACCAUCAACGUUCUGCCCCAAAAAGCCAUGCAAAGUCAAUGGAGAAUCUUGCAAAUAAGAUUCAAGCUAAGAAAGAAGCAGUGAAAGAGGCUGAGAAGGAACUGAAGAAUGCCAAGAAGGCCUACAAGGAUUCCAGAGCUCAGAAGGAUAAAGUCGUGCUGGAUAAGAAGGAGAAAGCUCUUGAGAGGCUGAAAGAACAGCUACACAAACUUAAUGUCCAGGCAAUGGACAAAGAAGAAGGAAAGGAGAUUGCCCUUGGAACAUCCAAACUCAAUUAUUUGGAUCCAAGAAUCAGUGUUGCCUGGUGUAAGAAACACAAUGUCCCCAUUGAGAAGGUUUACAACAAGACCCAGAGACAGAAAUUCCGAUGGGCCAUAGACAUGGCUGGACCUGAUUUCCACUUUUGA